AUGCCCUUAUCACUGUCCGACCUCCCAACUGAAAUCUUAUAUCUCAUAUUCAAGCGCCUUGAUCGGCCUAGCAAGCUUUCGCUUGGUCUGACUGGACCUCACUUCCUCACUCUGUUCGCCGCCUACUAUGACCUUGACCGGUAUCGCAAUGAACCCGAGGCUAUAGAAAAGCUUGGUUACCACUGGGCCUCAUGGGAUGAACCUGCAGCGCUGGCCGCUGUCAUUAGAUAUCUCGCCAUGAGUGGCCAUGAUCACAUGGACGACCCAGCUCCUGGGACAAUUAGCCCGCCAGAAGCUGUAGAACCAGUAGACGAGCUGGCAUCAAUUCUCGACCCAGAAGCUCUGUCGCAUUUUUUGAUGACAGAUGAGGCUGUGCCACCGCCGUAUAAAGACACGGAGGAGGGCAAGGAGGAUCUACUGGUUCAAUGUAUCGUUUCGGAUUGGCUUGAAACGCGGUUCAACGUCCAAGGCGGUUGUAUUCUGUGUGCAGAGUGCUGUCGAUGGGUUUUCCGCCGUGGGCCAAAUGGAAGACAUACUCGAUGGGCACAGAAAAUGCUCAAUAACCCCGUCUGGUUAAGACACUGUGGCCGUUGUGCUGCCAAACAUGCUCCUCCUGAGAACAUCUCAUGA